GCCCCCCGCCGCCGCUCGGUCCCCGCCGCUCGCGGGCCGCGCCCCGCGCACCCCAUGCACCACCUCCUGGAGCAGUCGGCGGACAUGGCGACCGCGCUGUUGGCGGGCGAGAAGCUGCGGGAGCUGAUCCUGCCGGGCACGCAGGACGACAAGGCGGGCGCGCUGGCCGCGCUGCUGCUGCCGCUGAAGCUAGAGCUGCCAUUCGACCGCGUGGUCACCAUGGGGACCGUGCUCGUGCCCAUACUGCUGGUCACCCUGGUCUUCACCAAGAACUUCGCAGAGGAGCCCAUUUACUGCUACACCCCACACAACUUCACCCGCGACCAGGCGCUGUACGCCCGCGGCUACUGCUGGACGGAGCUGCGGGAUGCCCUGCCCGGCGUGGAUGCCAGCCUGUGGCCCUCGCUGUUUGAGCACAAGUUCUUACCCUACGCACUGCUGGCCUUUGCCGCCGUCAUGUACGUGCCGGCGCUGGGCUGGGAGUUUUUGGCCUCCACGCGGCUCACCUCGGAGCUCAACUUCCUGCUGCAGGAGAUCGACAACUGCUACCACCGGGCGGCCGAGGGCCGGGCUCCCAAAAUCGAGAAGCAGAUCCAGUCCAAGGGGCCGGGCAUCACCGAGCGCGAGAAGCGCGAGAUCAUCGAGAACGCCGAGAAGGAGAAGAGCCCGGAGCAGAACCUGUUCGAGAAGUACCUGGAGCGCCGCGGCCGCAGCAACUUCCUGGCCAAGCUGUACCUGGCGCGGCACGUGCUGAUCCUGCUGCUGAGCGCGCUGCCCAUCUCCUACCUGUGCACCUACUAUGCCACGCAGAAGCAGAACGCCUUCACCUGCGCGCUGGGCGCCGCGCCCGCCGUGCACGUCAGCUGCAAACUGCCCUCGGUGCAGCUGCAGCGCAUCAUCGCGGGCGUGGACAUCGUGCUGCUCUGCUUCAUGAACCUGGUCAUCCUGGUCAACCUGGUGCACCUCUUCAUCUUCCGCAAGAGCAACUUCAUCUUCGACAAGCUGCACAAGGUGGGCAUCAAGACGCGUCGCCAGUGGCGCCGCUCACAGUUCUGCGACAUCAACAUCCUGGCCAUGUUCUGCGACGAGAACCGCGACCACAUCAAGUCGCUCAACCGCCUGGACUUCAUCACCAACGAGAGCGACCUCAUGUACGACCACGUGGUGCGCCAGCUGCUGGCCGCGCUGGCCCAGUCCAACCACGACGCCACGCCCACCGUGCGCGACGCGGCCGUGCAGACCGCCGACCCCAGCGCCGACCCCGCCGACCCCGACGGCUCGGCCGAGCCGCCGGUGGUCAAGCGGCCGCGCCGCAAGAUGAAGUGGAUCCCGACCGGGAACCCGCUGCCGCAGCCCUUCCGGGAGCCGCCGGCCGUGGCGCGCGUGGACAGUGCCAAGGCCGAGAAGCCCAAGCCGGUGCGCAGGAAGACCACGGACACGCUCAUCGCCCCGCUCUUGGACGCCGGCGCCCGGGCCACUCACCACUACAAGGGUGGCGGUGGGGCCGGCGCCGGGGGUGAGGCGGCGCCUGCGCCCGACAAGAAGCACGCGCGCCACUUCUCCCUGGAUGUGCACCCCUACAUCCUGGGCCCCAAGAAACCCAAGGCCGAGCCUGCGCCCGCCGCGCUGCCCGCCUCCCGCAGCCAGGAAGGCGGCUUCCUGUCCCAGGCCGAGGAGCGGGGGCUGGGCCUGGCCACCGCGCCCACCAAAGAUGCUGCACUCCCCGAGCAGGAGCUGCCAUUCCCUGCGGAGCCCCCCGGGGACCCCUUCCACGUCUGCUCGCCCCCCACCGCCCCCCCUGCGGCCUCUCUGUCACCCGCCGGCCUGAGCAAGACCGACACCCUCACCAUGCUGAGCCGCAACGCCACCCACCCCCUGCUGCACAUCAGCACACUGUACGAGGCCCGGGAGGAGGAAGAAGGGGGACCUCGCGCACCCCCAGACAUGAGCGACCUCAUCACCCUGCCGCCACCACAGCAGCUGCUCAUCGCCACCUUUGACGAGCCCAGAACAGUGGUGAGCACGGUGGAGUUCUGAGGGCCCUGCCGGCCGCAACCCGUGCCAGGGGCUCUUGGCUGUCGGUGCUGAAGUGGGACCAAGAGUUUAUUUUUGUAGCUGACUUUGUCCUGGACCUGGAUGGUGGCAGGAGGCUGCUGGACCCCAGCUCCACUGCCCUGACCUAGGGUCUGCCCCAGGGUCCCCCUCAGCUCCUCCCUGCAGGAAUUGGAUACCUGGUGGCAGAGCCAAGCGCCACCCUGGGACCAGUUCAAUGUGCACUUUCUCCCUGUAGCCUGACACAUUUUGUUUUACUAUGUUACUGUAACUAAUGAGCAUAUUUAUCAUCAGGAGACCUGGGUGGGUGUGGCACAAAGCAGGGGGGCUGUGAACAGGUAGAAGACAGGCAGAUGGGUGCAGCUACAUGUACAGAGUGCAAGUGUG